AUAAGCAAAGUAGCAAAGAGACUCGUGUACCCGAUCCAUCACCUUUAACCCGAAACAGAAAAUCACUUCCUUUUUUCGUGCUGUACGGCAACCCUCUUUCUAUCUCCUUCGGUCUCCCUGAAAUUCUCUCUCACAUCAUCGGAGACGAAACGGGAUCUAGGGUUCAAGCAUCCUCUGUCCGCCGUACAAUUGGUUGGUCAACCUCAAUUAAAAGCAAUAAGUACAGGACUCCAGAGAUUGAAGUGCUAUAUGACAACACACUGACUGAAAAUGAAUUAUUCAUCUGAUGAGGAUGAUAAACCCUUAGUUUUUAGAAGGAGCUCGAAAGCUGAUAAGGUUAAGUGUUCUUCCCAGUCUUUAAGACCUUCUCCUAAACCGAGCAAUGACUUAACAGAUUCUGAAGAUGAUAAACCACUGAGUUUUAGACUUUCAACUGUAUCAAAGGGGAACACCAAUCAUGCUAAAAAAGGGUCAUGUAUGAAUGUGUCUCCACUUCCAAAACCACAAGUAAAAGAUGAGGAUUCUGAUGAUGAAAAACCUUUGUCGUCAAAGUAUAUAUCCAAACCCAAUGUGGUAUCAUCUAUCAGUAAGCAUUCUGGUUCUAACAAUGAUAAAACACUCACGUCGAAAGUUCAUCAAAAUGGUUCUGCAUCAAGGGAUAAUCAAUCUAGGAGUACUGGCUCGAUUAAGAGACCACUAGAUGAGGAAAGAUCUUCAAGUCAGUCAUUGGCUAAAAAGCCAAAGCUUUCAGAAUCUUCAACACCAAUCAACCGCAAACAGGUACCUUUAAAAGCAGAAACUGAGUCGGAUGAUGAUGAGGAAGAUGAUGUUCCCAUAUCACAAAGAAUCAAGAACCAUGCCCCAUCAGGUAGUAAAUCUUCAUCUGUAAAACAUAAAGUGACAAAAAAGAAUUCCUCGUUAAAAGAAACCAACAAGAAGUCGAAGAAGGUGGUGAAAAAUUCAAAGUAUUCUAAGCCAUCAAAGGUCCCCCCUGGCUCUGGUGAAGGGCAGAAGUGGACAAGCUUGGUUCAUAGCGGUGUAAUUUUCCCACCUGCAUACAAGCCUCAUGGGGUUAAGAUUCUCUACAAAGGGAAGCCUGUUGAUUUGACUCCUGAACAGGAGGAGGUUGCAACAAUGUUUGCAGUGAUGUUAGAUACAGAUUACAUGACAAAACCAAAGUUCAAAGAGAAUUUCUGGGAUGACUGGCGAAAGAUACUGGGAAGAAACCACACAAUACAGAAUUUGGAUGACUGUGAUUUCAAACCAAUUUAUGAAUGGCAUCAGACGGAAAAGGAGAAGAAGAAGCAAAUGAGUACCGAAGAGAAGAAGGCCUUGAAAGAAGAGAAGAUGAAGCUAGAGGAGAAGUAUAUGUGGGCAAUUGUUGAUGGCGUCAAAGAGAAGGUUGGGAAUUUCCGAGUUGAGCCACCUGGAUUAUUCCGAGGCCGUGGAGAACAUCCAAAGAUGGGAAAGCUGAAAAAACGUAUCCAUCCAAGUGAUAUUACCAUAAACAUUGGAAAGGAUGCUCCAAUCCCUGAAUGUCCGAUUCCUGGUGAAAGCUGGAAAGAAAUUAGGCAUGAUAAUACGGUCACUUGGUUAGCAUAUUGGAAUGACCCAAUCAAUUCAAAGGAAUUCAAGUAUGUGUUCUUAGCUGCUAGCAGUUCUUUGAAGGGUCAAAGCGAUAAGGAAAAAUAUGAGAAGGCGAGGAUGUUGAAGGGCUACAUACAAGGCAUUAGAAAUGCUUACACUAGAGAUUUUGGAAACAAGGAUCUGACAAAGAGGCAAGUAGCAGUGGCUACAUAUCUCAUCGAUAAACUGGCACUCAGGGCGGGAAAUGAGAAGGAUGAUGAUGAAGCUGAUACAGUAGGCUGCUGCACGUUGAAAGUGGAAAAUGUCGAGCCAAAACCUCCAAAUAUCUUAAAGUUCGACUUUCUUGGUAAAGAUUCUAUAAGAUAUCAAAAUGAGGUUGAAGUAGAGCUUCCUGUGUUCAAAGCAAUUCAACAAUUCCGAACAGGUAAACAGGGUACUGAUGAUCUUUUUGACAAGCUGGAUACAAGUAAAUUGAAUGCUCAUCUAAAGGAACUCAUGCCUGGCCUUACUGCAAAAGUUUUCCGUACUUAUAAUGCGUCCAUCACAUUGGAUGAUAUGUUGAGUAGGGAAACGAAGGGAGGAGAUGUUGCUCAAAAUCUAGUCGUUUACCAACAUGCAAACAAGGAGGUUGCGAUCAUAUGUAACCAUCAACGUACUGUUUCAAAGUCUCAUAGUGCUCAAAUGACGAGGUUGAAUGAGAAGAUAGACGAAUUGAAGGGUGUUAUAAAAGAAUUAGAAACCGAUUUGGUUCGUGCAAAGAAAGGGAAGCCUCCAUUGAAGAACUCUGAUGGCAAACCAAAGAGGAACUUGAACCCCGAAGCGCUAGCGAAGAAGAUAGCUCAAACUAACGCUAAAAUUGAGAAAAUGGAACGUGACAAAGAGACCAAGGAAGAUUUGAAAACAGUAGCAUUGGGCACUUCAAAGAUAAACUACCUCGACCCUAGGAUAACAGUGGCGUGGUGUAAACGACACGAAGUUCCCAUUGAGAAGGUUUUCAACAAGUCUCUACUAGCGAAGUUUGCCUGGUCGAUGGACGUGGAUCCUAAUUUCAGAUUCUGAUUUUGAUAGUUUUAGCGGAGAGGCGGCUGCCGCAAUCCCCAACCCAUAAAAUUAACCAAAAAAGGUCGGAAAAAUGAUCUACGGCCUUUCUUACAUCUUUUUUGUUCCCUUUUUAGCAACUACUUGAUGAUAGUUUGUGUUGUCUUUGGGCAUGUUGAGUAGUUUAAUGAUGAGAUACUUUCUCUAGUGACUGUUUACUACUAAUUUGGAUUUCGAUUCUUUUUUCU